UUUCAGAUAAAUAGCAAAAGAAAUGCCACCUGGGGAGCCAGUUGGCUCUAGUGCACAGGGCGAAAGGGAUUUCAUAAGCAAAUGGCUCCAUCAAACUCUGAAAGCCUCCGACUGGUAUGUCAAACCUAUUGUGAACUUUGAUGGCGACAAAUCUGAUAUGGAUGAAGUCUACAAGGCCGUCAAGUUUUGGAGGGACCUCGCUUUGGAGCUGAAAUCGAAAAACUACCCACUCGCCGAAGGAAUUGAUAAUUAUCAGAGUUUCGAUGAAGAAACACGGAAGAAAGCUCACAUGUUGGAUGAUUUUUUAGAUGGAUUUAUUGACGAAGAACUUCAAGAAGAUGAGAAAACUUUUGAAAUUCUAAGAGUGCUUAUAGCUCAGGGAGAGCCCUAUAUGGAGUUUAAACAGAAAAUGAAAGAAAACGAUUUUUCACUGAAAUGCAACGAAAUUUGGGAGAAUGAUGCAGUAGCAUUCAGAUGCAAUACAUGUGCUCUCACUCCAUGCAUGUCACUUUGCGAAGAUUGUUUCGAAUCAAAUGGCCAUGCAGGUCAUGAUUACACUCGAUUCUUCUCGAGGGAAGGUGGAGCUUGUGAUUGUGGAAAUCAAGAUGUUAUCAAGGAACAAGGAAAUUGUAAAAAUCAUGGGGAUGAGUCGAAACGACCGAAUUACGAUAUGUCAGAAGUCUGUCUAGCUGAAUAUAUUGUGAUGAAGUUGAUAGUUCGACUUUUUUUGGAGUACAGGGGAUGGGCAAGCCGAUAUGAAAAGGCUCUUGAUGAGUUCAAGUCAGAAUCAAACGAACCUAUCAAUCGACGAGCUGUAUUCGAUAUUGGAGAGUUUACUGUAGAUGAUGCUGCAAGAUCUGACUACCUUAUUACAUUCCUGCAGGAAUGUGUAAAAUAUGGUGGUCCGAUGCGGUUGAUUGUCUCGAAAAUUCUUCUCGACAAAAAUCUGUACAAAGUAUUGACGGAACAGACUAGUGAGCAUUAUGAUGCAUCCAACAGAGUCCAGAUCUCGUUAGACUGGAGAACUGCUCAUAUGUUUAAAGACGAUCGCAGAACAGUUUUGCCUCCGGACAACUCCAAUUUUUCAUUUGUUGGAUCUAUUGAGAGCACGGAAUGCACAUCAUUGUUGGAUGAGCUGAUUUUCUGGAUUAAUCGGCAAUUGUUUCCGCAAAAUUUAGUGAAUUUCGGUUUGAGUCUUCUUUCCGAACCGGGGUAUAGGGACGCUUUUGCCUAUCGAUUCUUUUCCUGGUAUCCAAUCAGUGGCAAAGUGAUCUCGGAUCUUUGUAUCAGCCAGGCAGGUCAUUCUCGUGCCCAGGAUCUCGUAACUCCUGCGUGUAGCCGAGCUGUUCAUGUUACUGUUCAAAUGCUCUCCUCGGCGUCACUGUGUAAAGAAUUGAACGAAAAUGUGCAUUUGGUGAAGACGAUUUUCGAUGUGACAAGGUUUUUGAUUUGCGAGAAAUCGGUGGACUCGGAGAUUAGCUUGAAAUCUGUAAAUAUUUUCAAAGAGAGUAGCCGCUUUCUCAACAUGACAACUACAAAUGGACGGCCCAAAUGGAGAGUGAUGACAAUGGCCAAUAAUGCCGCAAUUAGUCAACAUGGUUAUUGGUUUGUGAUGGGUGAUAUACAAAAUGUUCUAACUCAUACUUCACAAGCAAUUGCUGCAGUUUUUGAUGAUGAGUGUUUCGGUGGAUCCUAUAUGAAAAUGAUGUGCGAGAUGCAAGGAAUGAAUCCGAUUUGGAGAAUUAUCAGUGGAAAUGCACAGGAGAAUGAUGCAGGCGAAGGGGCUCAGAGGGCAUACACUCUUGAAUUCGAAACCCUAGCUGUCACACUUUUCAACAUCGUCGCAGCGAUUCAACAGGAAAAGGAUGUUCGGACUGCUUGCAGAUUUUUCGAUCAUAUCAGAUCACAGUUGGAAGAAUGGUUUCAUGUUUUGUUGCCUGUGACACCGGAAGACAGAUCCGAAGUUUGGGGAAAUGUAAUUAGAGCUCAGGCGUAUGCGGUCUCAUUUCAUAUUCCACUUCAUAGACACAUAUCAACUGCGAUAACUCACUUCACGGAACUCGACGGCUUCUAUGAUCACAUUCGAUCGAAUCUUCUCAAUGACGAGACACUGAUUCGUCUUCUUCUCGUCCAUCCUCUACGAAUUCAGGUGGCACGUGCCGAAAUCAACUGCAAUAUGUGGGUUAGAAAUGGUGCACAAGCCAAGAUGUCCGCUCUAAUCUAUUCCCAGUGGAAUGUGAGCAGCGCCUUCCAGACGCCCGAUGUGGAUCUUAUAAGGUUUUGUGCAGCCCAUAUCGAUAAGGAACACUUUAUGAAGGCUCUCACAGCAAGCUUCAAUAUUACGGAAUGUAUCAAGAUUCAGCGAGGAAGAUUUGUAGAGAAGAGUGAAGAAUCCAAGAUUUUAUUCCAAGGAGUUGGUGGAAGAGAUGACGAUGAAGUUAGUGAAGCGAGGAAAACUGAAUUUGAAAGAUAUCAACGAUUGGUUAGAGAGCAAGCUUUGCUAAUGGAAGAUAUGAUGUUAACACCCGAGAAGAAUCUAUUCCAAUUUGAUGAAAAAGAGACAGAUGAAGCUGUAGACGUUAUGAUUGAAGCAAAUAACGCCACUGAAGUGACGAUUGACUUCACCAUCCAAAGUCCUAUUGAUCACUCCCGAGAUCCUCGUAUUCCAAUCGUUGGAGAGUUUAUAAGACGCCAUCUAGAAGCCGCCGGAGUCGAUGCUGACAUUGAUGUGGAAAUGGAACGAGAGUUUGAUCCUCGACUAUUUGACGAUGAAGAAGUUGAACGAACUAUAGUGAUUCGAGAACCAGAAUGGAUUGAUCCAAUGUUUUGGGGAAUGUUCAAGUUGGUUGCCGAACUUGUCGUGGUUCGUGUCAACUCUGGAGCAAGUCCUGAGGAGCAUUAUAGAUCGGAGAUGGUGAAUUGUAUGGCGAUGGGAAAUGUGCCUUAUUCGAGAUUGAGAGCAUCGAUUUCUGAGAAGGGAAGUCGUGGAAGUGAGAUGAUUGAUAAGCAUUUUGAAACGAUCUUGAAUGAGAUCGGUGACUUCAUCGAACCUAUCGAAACUACAACACAUCUCAUGCAAGGAUCCUAUCAACUCAAAACCUCGAUUUGGGAUUCCGAAGUGUGUCCAGUGUUCUUCAUGAUGAGAUCCACCUCAAUCAAGCAAGCUCGUGAAGUUUUUGCGAAGAUGGAGAUACGUGAACAGAAGAACGCGUUGGAUAAGGAUCUAGAAGUUGCGAAAAUUGAAGAAAGAUUUUGGGUUCCAUUCCGUUUGAUUGACUUCUCGGAUCAGAAACGGCACAGAGGAAUUUCAAACUUGUACAAUGUUUUGUUGACCGAGAGGUUUUUGAUUCAUUGUAUUACGGUUCUAGCGUCGGAAGCUGAUGAAACCGCGAAAUUCCACGAUGGAACAUAUCAGCUAGCUGUAUAUCUUCUAACUCUUGGUGUCAAGUAUGCACAAAGUUAUGUAGGAGAUGAGAAAAUCAAGAAACAAAUGAUUGAUAUCUUCCAUACACCAUUUCAACUUAUCAAGUUCCGAGAAAUGGAAACUUUUCUCACAGUUUGCGCAUUUAUGAUUCGACUUUUAACCAAAGAAACCAGGAAAAAUGGUGCAUUAGUUGUUGUAUUCAAGGGUAUUUUAUCAGGAGAAUAUGAUAAGGAAAAAGUUACCGGUGGAAAAAUGAUAUAUCUCGCUAGAUUCGUCACUAUUCUCACUAAACUCUCACCGGUCGCCAGGCAGAUUAUCGAGGGAAAGCUGAAACGGGAAGAGCUUCGGAUUAGCAAGCAUUCAAGGAAUCAAGAGAAAAUGAAGGCACCAAUGGAUCCUGUGAAGAAAGCAGCGAAGGAAGCUGCGAAACGACGGAUGGAGGCGAUCAUGCAGAAUUCGGCGAAAAAGUCGGCGCAGACAAUGGAGAAGCUUAUGAAGACGGAGGGAAUGACUGAUGCAGAAGUUAAUAAAGUUGAUCCAAGUCAACAGAAUCGAAAAGUUUAUGAAUGUCCGAUUUGUGGAGAGCAGAAUGCGCCGAAUACUGUAGAAAAUCCGUUUGGAAUGCUUGCAAAGCUCUCGACGAACUUCAUCUGUGAAGAGCAAAUCGACGCUUCCAUUAACACAAUCGAUGAUUUGCUCAAAUUCGAUGAAUAUGAACAUGUUUCAGCUAAUCGUCUACAAAGUGAGACACGAAGAAGAUUUUUCUCGAAGCGUCGGCAAGCGACAUUUGAGAAUCAGGAUAUUGUGAAAGUGAACCCACCACUGGUUGGAACUGAUCUGAAAACUUGUGGACACGCAGCACAUAUCGCUUGCUUCAAUGCGUAUCGAGCCUCUCUGUAUGAUGGACACCAACGGUCUACCGAUCGACGUGAAGUCGGAUGUCCCAUGUGCCGAUACACUGUCAAUGUGAUUGUUCCGAUGUCUUUCGACAAGCCAUACACACCAAUUAAAACCCCUGCAAGCCCAAUGUCGUACUCGGAUGUGUGGAGAGUUAUGGAUGUGGUUUUGAAGAAAGCCAAAGGUCCCGUGUUCCAGGAAGAUGAACGAAACGUGAAAUACUCAACCAACUACAGUACCCGCGAAGGCGGUGGACUCUUUGAGCUCUACAUUGGAAGAAUCCACAGUGCAGACUUGGCUGAACGUAAAUCGAGUCAACAGAGGUGUACUGUGAGCACUCUGAUGGUUUCUUUAGCGGUUGUUAUGGUGGAGAGAUCGAGUAUAAUGAGGAAGAUGGGAGUACCGGAGAGACGGAAAAAUCAGAGGAAUAGCAUGACAGAACAUCUGAUGACAGCAUCUGUUGCAACAUCGAAAGAUGUCGAUUUUGAUGUGGCACUUUCUGCGUUGACCAAUUUGUUUGCGAAGGUCACUGAAAAUUCGUUUUCUAGACCCCCAAGUGAGCAACCAUCGACUUCAAAAGAGCCGGCUCAGGGGACAGAAGCUCCAAAUCCAGAGGCAGUUGUAGGAUUGAGUAGUGACGAGAUGGCGGCAAUGAUUACGAAACCUCUUCGAAAGGACACUCCAGACUGCCUUUCAAAGCUGCCACUCUUUGCAUUGGAUCCCAAGGCAACACUUGUUCGGAUGCUUGCAGUUUUAAUUGAUAAUCAAUCACUUACCAAAGAUAUUCAACGCGAAAUUGCUCAAAAUAUGAUUUUCGCAUCACUUGGAUGGGUCUCCUCGUACACACUUCUUUGCCUGAUUCUCAGAACUGGCGAGGAAAAAAUUAGCGCACUGAACAAAGGAGAGCCGAAGAUUCAGGGAUUAUCAGACCACCUGCAGAGCGAGGCGGAGGCCAUUUGUCAGGCGCUGACCUACAAUACCGAGUACUUUAAGCAUUUGGCGCAGAGGCUGGAGUCACCUGAUGUGGAGCCAACUGAUGAAUACAUCUGCAAAACGAUGAACUCAUGUCUCAUCGAGUUUCUUCGAUUUUCCUAUGAGCUCCUGUUCCACUGCAAUCUCGGAUUCAAUGACGUCAAUAAUCAAAUCCACAGCCGGAAUAUAGAUCUCGACAAUGUCUUACGUCUUGUGGGAAUUAAUGCCCAAAAUAUCAAUGUUCCUGGAAAGGCGAAUUAUUGGACGAGAGCCUUCAGAACUCAGUUGACGAACAUGGCGAAGUUGAAGAGAAUUUUCCAACCGUGCAUCGUCGAACCAUUGGCGUGGAAACCUCGGCGAAUCCUCAAGCCACCAACCAAUUUCGAUGAGCUUUUUGGCCGAUAUUUCCAUAGAGAAUGCAACAAGUGCUCAUCGGUCCCAUCUUACCCAGUCAUGUGCCUUUUCUGUGGAGAAAUUCUUUGCCUGAACGAUUGUUGCCGAAUGGCCCAUCAAGAGUCGGGAAGUGAUCGGGUGAUCAGUAUGUCGGAGAUUGAGGCGCAUGCCGAAGACUGUUCCUCAUCGUCGGGUCUCUUCCUUUCCGUGACGUCAUCAAUGGUUGUAGUGUCACGUGGCAAACAGGCGGCCAUAUGGGGUACGAUCUACCUGGAUGCUCACAAGGAAGAGGAUCGGAAUCUGAAACGUGGAAAGCCGUUAUUCCUGUGCGAAUCGCGGCUCAAAUGGCUCGAGUACGAUUGGGCUGAGCAGGAAUGGCAGCGGGUUCCACAAUGGUUCAAUAUGACGAAUUCACAAGCAUUUACCAGUAAUAUUCGGGAUUGUCACUUGUUUCAACGCUAGAGCUAUAGAAUUGUUGUGGAAAAUUAUUAGAUGACAAAAAAUUGUAAAAACUCAACUGGCUAUUUAGAUUCUCUAGCUGUACAUGUUUUUGUUUUCUUUUCGAUAAAUAAACAUUUUGAAUUUU